AUGCCGCAAUCGCACUACGCUGCAGUAUGGCAGCCGCACCGAGCCACUGUCAGAGAGAGCAUCGGCAACGCCAUUUUCCUACCGUCCAUCUUCAUCUCCAAAUGUGUAGCCACCGAGCUUUCAACCCCUCUCAUUGUUUCUCUCGAAGACAAAUUGGUGGGUUCGGAGAGAGAGAUUAUAAUUUCUUCGGAAAGGGUUGCUGAUGAUGAUGAUGGGUUUGGCAUAGAUAAUGUGCCACAAAGAAAUUUUCAGCAGGUUUUGGAGAGGUGGAAUAGAUUGAAAGCAAAGUCCAAUUCAGGUAGGAAAAAGAGAAAUGUUGGUGAAGGGUCAUUUGUGACUAAUGAUUGUGUUGGACAACAUGAGAUCAAUGAAGAAUACGAUAGUGAGCAACUAUGCUCUGAUGUUGAUAGUGAUAAAGGUGUUAGUGAUAAAAUGCCAAAAUUUGUGAAGUAUAAUGCUGAAGAUAUGAACAAGAGCUUCAAAUUCAAAUUAAGGAUGGAAUUCUGUUCCUUUAAAGAUUUCAAGCAUGCCCUUAUAGAGCAUAGUGUAUUGAAUGGGAAGGAAAUUAAAUUUGUGAAGAAUGAUUACAAAAGAGUAAGGGUUGUUUGUAAAAAGAAGUGUGGCUUUCUAAUAAUGGUGAGCAAGGUUGGUGGUAGCCAAACCUUUAGAGUGAAGACACUUGUUGGCAGUCAUAGAUGUGGGAGGGUUAUGUUCAACAAGAAUGCAAAUAAAGAUUGGAUUGCACAGGUAUUGUUGGACAAAUUUUUAGAUGUGGGGAACAUGACUGUAAACCAAAUAAUUGAUGAAGUUAGAAAGAAUUAUAGUGUUGGGGUAACGCCUUGGAGAGCUGCCAGAGCAAAGGAGAUUGCAAUGGACUGCAUGGUGGGAGAUGGUCAACGACAAUAUGCUCUGCUUUAUGAUUAUGUGGCUGAGUUAUUAAGAGUAAAGGGGUUCUUGGCUGGAUGUAGGCCUUUCAUUGGUGUAGAUGGUUGUCAUUUAAAGACAACCUAUGGUGGUCAAUUACUGGUUGCAAUUGGUAGAGACCCAAAUGAUCAGUACUUUCCAUUAGCCUUUGUAGUGGUGGAAAAUGAAUGUAAAGAAACUUGGAGAUGGUUUCUAUCAUUAUUAUUGGAAGAUAUUGGGGACAUCCAAUCGAAUCGUUGGGUUUUCAUUUCAGAUCAACAGAAGGGACUAAUGACAGUUUUCGAUGAGAUAUUGGAAGGAGUGGAGCAUAGGUUCUGUUUGAGACACCUUUAUAGUAAUUUUAAAAAGAGAUUUGGUGGAGGAGUUGUCAUCCGGGACCUUAUGAUGGGGGUUGCAAAGGCUACCUUCUAUCAAGCAUGGGAAAAAAAUGGGCAUGCAGUGGUUGCAAUUCACUACAAGAUAGAAAAUCCUGAGGAUUAUGUUCAUCCUUAUUACAAAAAAAAUGCAUAUCUGGCUUGUUAUGGACCUGAAAUAACCCCCAUAAAUGGACAACAAAUGUGGCCUAAAAGUGAUUUCCCAGAGCUGCUACCACCUAUCUUCAAAACACCACCAGGACGACCCAAGAAACUACGUAUGAGGGAAGUAGAUGAACAUAGGAACACACAGAGGAACACCCAUGCACCAGCAGCAACUGAAGCUGAAUGUAGCAAUUCUGCACAAGCAAGAAGGCAAAGGCCUCGUAAGAGGGAGAGAUCCUCAUCUUUGGCUGGCACCAGCAAGCAAUGA